AUGGACACUGGAGUCGGUGACACGGCCAACUCGUAUGGUUACGAUGGAGGGAGGGUGCGUAAGUGGAACGUGGCCACGUCGCCUUACGGAGUAGCCUGGUUGCCUGGUGACGUCAUAGGUUCCUGUUUGGACCUGGAUAGAGGCACGCUAGAGUUUUUCAGGAACGGAGUAACCCUCGGCGUAGCGUUUGACAAAGUUACCCACGGCACUGGGUUGGCGUAUUUCCCUGCGGUCUCAUUAGCCAUGCAGGAGCAUUUGUAUGCCAACUUCGGGCAUGUGCCGUUCGUGUUUCCCAUAGAGGGCUUUGCGCCGCUCCAAGCUGCCCCUGGCCGCGAUUGCGCAAGAGCAGCGCUUCUCUUCAAGUCUGUCGAUGCAAUAUUGGAUGAGUUGACACGCUUGCCUGAUCUUAUGGCGCCGGUUACAACUAAAAGUAGCAAGACUAAAUCAAACUCUUCGAAGAUGGAAGAGGAAGUCGCGCUUCGUAUCCACAGUUCAAAUUCGGUGUACACCCCCAGAGGGUCCCCUCACAACAUGCUGGACGUCCAGAAGAACGACAUGCAAAAAAUGUCGAGAAAAGCCUUCCUCAUGUCUCUAGCUCGGCUGGUGGUGAUAGAACUCGGCACAGUCCUCAAACUCUCCUAUGUGGUUGUAUCAGAAUUGUUGCCCAGGGUUCGUGUGGCCUUAGGUUUACACUCAAAGGGACAAGUGCCAGAGCAACACGCGAUGGAUUUCUUCGUGAAAGCUAAGGAGAAUGGAUUUAUUGGACUAUCAGAGAAGUUCCUAUCGCAGCCUCAGCCCCGGCUCUGCACGUUAUUGGAGCUUUUGUGGACUUUUCUGGAUGAAGCUGCUCUAUGCGAUAUCCUUGAGCACUGUGUCGUUAGAGAGUGCCUGAUGUUUGAUUUGGUUUCACCGGAUAUGAACUUCACGCAGCAAAUUGAAGGUAUCUACGUUCUGUGCGGUCUGAUGCAGCAUCGUGAGACCAGGCACCAUCUAGUCAAAUACGUUUUCUUCAACAAGAUUACAUUUGACAACUUUAUGAACAUCAAGUGUCCUGAUGACAGCGUGCUGAAGACAGUGAUCCGGAAGCCGUGGUGGCAACGACCGACCCCCGUUCAUGGGGAGACCGAUCCUCGAAUUGCUGAAAUGGCAGAGAAAGGUGAAAUUGGGCGGAAUCCAUGCCCAUUUAGUGACACAGAUAAAAUAUCAAGACUACGAGCCCCAACAAAGGACGACACGAAAACAGAAUUGGAAUAUCGAGAGGACUGCGAUAAAAUUACCAAAGCGAUUGCUCCGUUGGAGCGAAUUCAGCUGGAGUUUCUUCUGAUGCUACUCGACAAUACUGAUGGCACGAACAUGGUGCCCUCCACCAGGAAGAUAUUCUUGGAGAAAUUUCGUAGAUACAUCAUGGACAACUGCAUACUGGACAUGCGGCUGUUCAAUGUGUCCCGCAACUCCCCCGCCAUCUCGUGGUGCUGCCACGCGCGCCUCUUGACAGCUGUCAACCGGCUGUGGCAGGAGAACCCGCUCGGCAGCACGAACGUUCCUCCUCACAUUCCACCGCGCACAUUUAUUGACGGAGAGCUAGACUUCUACAACGUUGACCGACUCGGUGGUGUUUUGCCCUUCCUGGUGAGGACAUUACGACAGGAUCUUGUGAACAUUCUGGGCGAAGACAAUCCGUUUGUCCAAAGCUUUGAGCCGAAUUAUAACAGGGGUGGUGGAAUUGAUACGGGAGUAAGCGACAUGGCUGCCGGGUCACCAGGACUGGCCACAUUGCCGCAGGUCAUAUCUUCAAUGGCCCGUUUCAUGCAUGGAGCUAUGCCCCCUAUUCCAAACAGAACUACUGGUGAGACAGCGCUAGCUCUAAAAGGCACCAGAUCGAUGAUGCCUGGCGCUGGCUCCAUCGACGUGAGAUCUGCGUAUCUGAGGUUGCUGGAUGGUCUUCUGGCUUUGUACCACGGAGCUGCUAUAAAACACGCUGAAAAGCUUUGUGAACUUCGUGAUAACCAACUGGACUUGGCUGACUGUCUUCACGAUAUUGAGCAGAGAAUGCACGCGGUGUCCGUAGAACUCCAAUUUAUAGGUGUAAAUGGAGAACUCACUGAACAAGAGAAGAUCAGGAAAGAAUUGACCGAGAGAAUAUUCAGGGAAUUGGACAGAUCGAAAGAAGUUUAUGAGGAGAAAUUGGAAGCAAGCGCCUUACAGAUGGGUUGGGUGAUCGGAGCCAUUUGGACUAAGCAGAGACAGCAGGAGUUGGCGAAACAUUUUGCGGGUACUUUGCACUCUUUGAGAAUGGCCUCGGAUCCCGAUUACGCUAGCAUACAAGUUGCGAGCAAGGAAAUUCUGCCCGGAAAAAGCUCGUUUCUGGGCAAGGGCAGCUACGCGUCUCUCCAGCUGGAGUACACUUCAAGUUCCGAUCAAAGUCCACAGAGCCCACCCUCCAGAACGGAAACACCGCGCGCUGAAUCUCAAACACACAUGGAUCCGACAGAUGUUAACCAAAGAACCGUAUCCUUCGUUCCAGAAACCGGUCCCGACUUUGCAGAGUCGCUCUUCGCGUUCAUCCCUGAUUAUCACGUGGAUGCUAUGCUAGAGUUAUGUAAUACCCUUCGUCUUUACAUGCACCCCACAGUACCAAUACACCAGGUCGCCGAAUGGGAAGAACUAGUCGUAUCAUGUGCUGCAUUUCUCUGCUCCGAGUUUGCGGAUUCGCGAAUAGUGCUGGCCAGCACCAGGGAGUCUCUGGUGCAGACGUUGGCGUCGUUCGCGACACAACCGGCGACGAUGAGAGCGAUAGAACGAGUGCCCUUGAAACAACAAAUGAGUAUGAUCGAGGAAUUGGUACGGCCGUACCAGAACCGCGCAUGGGCGCAGUCGAAUUGGGUGCUAGUUCGGUUCUGGCAUGGCUCAGGUUUUGGCUUCAGACAUAGGCAGUGGCCACAUUUAGCAGCAAGAUAUGGAGACAGGGAGCCGACCGUGAAUAAUUUGGGAGCAAAAGUGGACGCCGGUCUCAUGAGCCAGUGUUUCGGUCCGUGUCCGUCAGAGGUGAUUCAGAGCCGAAUCGGUGACUACCUGGCGUCACAUCCAAAAGAAGCCGCGUUGUACCUCAAUUCUCUUCUGAGUCAGUUGAAUUGGGCGUUUUCAGAGUUCUUCACUAUGAUGCAAGAGAUGGAUAGGAUACAAGUGGACUCCCAGCUGGAGCCACGUCAAAUAAAACUUUGUGCUACGUGCUUUGACCUCUAUCAUGGACUGGCAAGGGCCCUGGAGAUGACGUUGAGCCUAGCGCCGUUACUACUCACGCAACCGGAAGCUAGCGAUAAUCAAAACGACUUAUUAUUGGGAAGAACUUGUCAGAUCCUAAUGGCUGUUGUGUCCAGAAUCUGCGUCCGGGGUGGUGGUAGCGGUGGCUUUAGCAGACUGGUAUCACGAGGGUUGCCCGACACUGAUCGAGUUCACUACUAUGUGGCACUGGCGCCAGUUGCUGGUUGCGUUAUCAGAAUGUUAGACCCCAAGCUGCCUAAUGAGCACCUUAAUAGGGUGAAGACGUCACUAGUAACAGAACCGCUGUUCAGAUUGGAUGGUCUGGAGUUUAUGCUAUCUAAGAACAAUAAACAAUUCUCCUUCUACAAAUAUCCCGAUGACAUAAAAGCAGACGAACUAAAAGCGUUAGAAGCUACAAUAGAACAGUUGCGAAUAUCGCGCGACAAUUACUUGAAGUCAAAGUCGCCCGGGUCGAGUGGCGCUCAGUCGGAUCUCCUUUGCACCAUAUGCUAUGCCAGACCAGCAGACACGGCUUUCGUACCGUGUGGACAUCACUCUUGCAGGGCCUGUAUAAUGCAACAUCUUCUGAAUAGCAAGCAGUGUUUCUUCUGUAAGGCUGACAUUGACACUGUUAGAGAAAUGGAACCAACGAACAACUAA